CUUGACGAUCUCUCUCAUAAUCAUCAAAUGUACGGAAUGAUAUUCGGAGUAUCGAUCGGAAUGGACACAAGUGAGUCAAUGCGGUGAGAUUUAUCAUCCAGUUCAUGAAGCGUAGACAUUGCUUCUGCUGAAUAAUGCAACAUGACGUAUAUACUUAAUAGCCCCUUCUCCCCGCAUUGAGCCAGGCAACAUCCAGAAGUAAGCUAUAUCAAAGGAGCUUGAAAUUUGACUGCAAGACCCAAUCUGAUACUCCGAUCUUCACUUUUCGAGAGAUUUUGGUACCCUGGGUUUGGGAGUGAUAUCGCUAUCGUUCACCAUGGCAAAACUGUUCAUAACUGGCGUCACGGGCUACAUCGGUGGUGAUGCACUCUUCGCCAUUGCAACCGCCCAUCCAGAUUUAGAGAUCACAGCUCUCGUCCGAAAUAGCGACAAAGGAGCCAAAGUCGCAUCCCAAUUCUCUAAAGUCCGUCUUGUAUAUGGCGAUCUGGAUAGCACAGACCUUCUUAUCGAAGAGGCGUCAAAGGCCGAAGUUGUCGUACACACGGCGAAUUGCGAUCACGUUGGAUCAGCUCAUGCCCUGAUCGCCGGCCUUUCGAAGCGUCAAAGUGGGACUGGGUAUCUAAUUCACACGUCAGGCACCGGAAUUCUCACUUUCCGGGACUCUGAGAUCGACGUCUAUGGGGAGACUAGCACGAAGGUGUACGAUGACUGGGACGGCAUCAAGGAGGUUACUUCGCUCCCUGACGUGGCAAUUCAUCGCGAUGUCGACAAGAUCAUACUCGCUGCUUCGAAAGCUCACCCGGGGAAAAUUUCGACGGCGAUUGUUUGUCCGCCAUGCAUUUCCGGCCCUGGACGUGGGCCAGACAACAGGAAAAGCAUGCAAGCGUACUGGAUGGCACGCGAGGUCCUGAAACGAGGAAAGGGUUUCCAAGUUGGAGCCGGCAAGAAUAUCUGGGCGGAAGUCAAUGUACAAGAUCUCAGCAAUGUCUUUCUUGGUCUAGUGACUGCUGCUCUUUCGCCCAGCGGUGGCAAGGCAACGUGGAACGAUGAAGGGUAUUACUUCGCCGAAGAUGGAGAUAUAGUAUGGGGCGAGGUCGCGCAGACCAUUGCAAAGAUAGCAUAUGACAAGAAACUUAUCAAGACGACGGAGCUAGACAGCCUCGGAAAGGAGGAGGUUAUCCAACUUUUGAAGCCUGGACCCCGGCUCUGGGGUACCAAUUCCAGAGGCAGAGCAAUCAGGGCAAGGAAAGUACUCGACUGGACGCCAAAGGGUAAGAAGUUGUCUGAAUUACUGUCAGAUAUAGUGGAAUUGGAAGCAAAGGAGCAAGGCCUGAUCAAGGGUCAUGCUGCGGAGGUAGCUGGAUAGCUUUCUCACAGCGACUGAUCGUGCAUUCCAUAUCAUCCUUUAAAUAUCUGUCUAGUAUAGCAAACAUCAUCGUCUUUGUGUAUAGUCGGAAGACAAGAAUACAAAAGCAUAUGUUCUCC